ACAGGGGGCUAGUAGCAUUGUUCAUAAAGGUACUUAUGAAGGGCAAGAAGUUGCUGUGAAAAAAAUGAAAGAUAAAUUAACCGAUGAUGCUAAAUUGCUACUUCUGGAUAUUAAACAUGAAAACAUAGUGCAAUUACUUAAUAUUGAAACUGAUGAGCAUAAUGAACAUGACUAUAUUAUUCUUGAACUUUGUUUGGCUUCUUUGUCUAAAUACUUUAAGCACUAUGAAACAGUAUCAAGUCAAUUUGUUGGAUUGAAUGUUGUAAUAAGAGAGAUACUCCAAGAUGCAGUAAAAGGAAUGGAGUAUUUACAUAAAAGAAAUGUUGUUCACAGGGAUCUUAAACCUGGAAACAUUCUUUUGGUUCAAAAGAGCUCAUCAUCUGCUGACGUUAAAGCAGUCCUUGCUGAUUUUGGUAUUUCUGUUACAUUAAUUGAUGAUCUGAACUCAUUGACCACACGAACAGCUAGAGGAACGGAUACAUGGAAAGCUCCUGAAUUAUUACUUGACAAUAGAAAACAGCGUAAAUGUGGUCGUGAGUCAGAUAUAUUUGCAAUGGGGUGUGUGAUAUAUUUUGCUGAAACUGGUGGAAACCAUCCUUUUGAUACUGGAGAUAAUGCUGAUAUUGAUCAAAAUGUGAAAAUGUAUAAAAAAUGUGAUUUUAGUUUACUAGAUGACAAACCAAAGGCUAAAGAUCUGAUAGAAAAAAUGAUACAAUUAGAUAAAUAUUCAAGACCAACUGCUAGUGUAGUAUUACAAGAUCCUUACUUUGAGGAAGAUGGCCAUGUACCUUGUGAAUACAAAAAGAAAAAACAAUGGCACACUGCCCCAACAACUGAGAUAGUAAUCCAAAAGACAGAAGCAAAAACCCAAGAGACAGUAGUAACCCAAACCACUUCAUUGACUUUAAGUCAAAGUCCACCAAAUCCAACUGGUCCUUCAACUUUUCCUGAUACCUCACAAACCAAUAUAGCACCAAUUAUUCCUACCCCUGAUGGUACCAAUACAGCAGUAACACUAACACCUGCUAAUCCUGAUAGUAGCAAUGCAACUGUUACUAUUUCUGAUUAUGUUACCACAAGCACCAUUACAGCAGAAGAAGCUCCUCAAGCUUCUCAGGUUGAUGGUGAUGAAGCUAGCAAACCUUCAAAGCAUCAGAAUGAAGCUUCAUCAAUAACAGAAAGUGGCUUGGAAGAAUUUAUUGAUGGUCAAGUAGUUGAUGAGAUAAAGACUGAUUCCGAUCUUGUGUAUAAUGCUUUAAAUAACGGAGUAAAGAAAUCUGUCUUUCUUGAUGAAAUUAAAGUAGCUACUCAAGAAAAAGCAAUAACAUUCCAAAAAUUGGAAAAUGAUAUUGCACUUACAAAAGAUAUUAAAGAUGUUUAUGCAGCUUCACAGUUCAUCAAAGCAGCAAAAUUUGAUGCAUACAAUAGUACAAUAGAAACAGAUCUAGUUCCUGCUCCAAUUCCACCUUCUGCAUUAUUUCCAGAACUGAGCAAUAUUCAGUGUGUCAGUGAGCUUCCUGAUCAUCUUGUUGAAAAUAUAGAAUACCUGCUAAUGACUGCUACUGCCACAGAGCUUCGAGGAGUUUUGGGCCACUUAAAACCAUUAGAUGGUCAGAAUAAAAUUAUUCGUGCAUUUGUAAAUGCUACUUGGAUUUACAUUGGAAAGUUUGGACAACAGGUGGUUGUCGUUGGAAAGAGUGCACAUGGAGAGGCUGAACAAGGUGGUUUGGAUGCUGCUACAGUUACAAAAAAGAUAAUGGCAAUAAAUCAAUUUAAGCCAAAAUAUAUAAUUUCCAUUGGAAUCUGCUUUGGAAUGGACCGAAGCACAGUACAACUUGGCGAUGUCAUUGUUUCUAACAUGAUUGUGGAUUUAUCCACCAUGGAUAAGGAAAAAGACAAGGUCAAGGCUCGUAAAUCUCAACCUCCAGCAGGUCCCUCUCUUUUAUCAUUGUUUGGGGACAGUUCUGGGUUUCAAAAGAAACAUUCUGCUGAAGAAAAUGCCAAAGAGGUCAAAGUCCAUUGUGGCCCCGUUGUUUCUUCUUUUGUUUCGUUGGUUGAUGAUGCAGAAUUUAAAGAGCAGUUAAAAGAAGUACGUCCUGAUGCUCUCGGUGGUGAAAUGGAAGGAGCUGGAAUAUUUCUUGCUGCUAGGGAUGCUCAUCAUAAAGUCGAGGCUAUUGUCAUUAAGGCUGUUGCUGACUGGGGGGAUGGGAGGAAAGAUGAAUGCAGAGGUUGGAAGGAUUUUGCAUCUUAUGCAGCUGCUACAUACGUCCAUCAUCAAAUGAAUAAAGUAGUUCAUGCAGGAGCCAGGAGGCCAUAACUAUAGAUGCAUGAAGUCCAGUUUGUACAACUGAGAGUGAAUUAGUAUGAACUUAAGCUUAAUUCCAGUUGUAAAAUUUGUCAUAAUGAUGUAGUUUUCUUAAUUAUUAGUGAGCAUUAAAUACUAUA